CAAAAUUACGUAAAAAUAAUUAUUAAAGAAAGAGAGAGUGAAUUGUCUUAAUGUCGAUUCCUUAUAAACAUGGUGACAAGCAUGUAUAAACAUAUAUAUAAAUAUAUACAAUGUUGUGGGAAGGCAAAAAUCCACAUGAAAAGGUCAAAAGACUAGCCAUGUAUCGUAAAAUAACCAUAAAGUAUUGGUUUUUCUUAGCCAUUAUUUGUUUAGUAACAUGUGCUAGUUGUUGGCUACUUUGGUCAGAAGUUCCUUUAGAAAGUGCCAUUAAACCUUUGAACAAAUUAAGUCGGAGUUCAACUAGUGUGGAUCCACAUAAUUCAUAAUUUCAUGUGCACUU